AUGAAACGUCUGCUUCCCUGGUUCCCUUCCAUCCUGGUCAUCUACUGCUUCUGUUUGCUACAGAUUCCCUCCUCAGGAGUUUCUCAACCUUUAGCUGAUUCUCCAGAUGGCUUGGAUAUUAUGGGGCUUGAGCAACUGGUAUACUGUCUGAACCAGUGGAAAACACUUUCUAACCAACCUAAGGAAAACCAGGAUAUAUACAAAAGGUUUUUAUUUCACUACACCAGAACUCAGAAGCCAGUACAUCCAGUUGGCUCUCAGUUUGCGCCCGUGCACCCUUUGAUGCGCCUGGCUGCCAAGCUCGCCAGCCGAAGGAUGAAAAGAUUGCAGUAUCCAGUACGUGCUUGCUUCCUCCAACCCUACUACUAUGGCUUACUGUUAGCAUGA